AUGAAUACAACUCUCCUGAAACUUUCCACAAUCAAAGAAGUCAUCCCGCCAGUCUCUGUGAAAAUCGUCUCUUUAUGUCUACUGUGGUACUUUGUGUCCUCACUCUCGUCUCAGUUGACAAAAAGCAUCUUGAAUGACUUCCCAUUUCCUUUGGCUUUAGGUGAAUGCCAAUUUGUUAUUGUGUUUUCAUUAUGUGCCAUGACAACAAUCAUUUUAUCAAAAUUACCAAAAAUUCAUGCUAUGUUCCCACCAGGCUCAGUCCCUCCUUUGAAUGCUGCUCCUAUAUUGAAGCCAGAUAGACAUAUCCUUAUAACGGUUCUUCCUUUAGGUUGUUUCCAAUUCUUGGGUAAAUUGUUUUCCCAUAGUGCCACAGCAUUGGUUCCAGUUUCAACAGUUGCUGGUGUAAAGACAUUAUCUCCAUUGAUUUUGGUGACUACUUAUAGAUUACUAUACAAUGUUAGAUUUCCUACUUCAACUUAUCUGUCAUUGAUACCGUUAGUCUCUGGGAUUUUGCUAAUUGUUGUUGCUGAUACCCAUGAUACAUUGAUUACAACUACUGCUAGUACACAAUACACCGGGAUAUUAUAUGCUGCUUUAUCACUUGUGGUUUUCGUUGCACAAAACAUUUAUGGGAAAACUGUCUUUACAUAUAAUCAAAAAUCUAUAAAUGAUCAUGCAGAAUUAGCAUUGGCUCAUGAUGAUGAACAACAAAACAAAUCCAAUGAAAGACCAAUAUUACCAAUUGCAAGUGAUCAUUCAAGAGAAGGAAAAGAGAUAGAACAAGCCAAAAGAUACCAGUCUUAUGAAUUGAAAGUUGAAAAGUCACAACUUUCGUCCUUUCCAAAGAUCAGAAACAAAUAUGAUAAGCUGACUUUAUUAUUAUACUGUUCCGCAGUUGGAUUAUUACUUUCAUUACCAUGGUUUGUCUUCAUCGAAGCUCCACAUUUCUUCAAACUAGAUACAAGCACAGAUGUGACAGAGGCUCAAUUGAUUCAUAUCCCUUGGAAUCUUCUAAUAAUUAACGGAUUUACCCAUUUCUUGCAAUCUCUAAUUGCAUUCCAUUUAUUAGGUGCUAUUCCAACUGUUAGUUAUUCAGUUGCAAGUAUGAUGAAGAAAAUUACAAUCAUUGUGGUUAGUAUGAUGUUCACGGGGCAUCAAAUCACAGGAAUCCAAUUCAUUGGGCUAUCUUUAACUGCUAUUGGAUUAUAUUCAUAUGAUAGAUGGGGAGGAAAUAAAUCUCAUUAG